UCUAUGGUCAUCAUAGAGUCAUAGACUGCUACAUGUGUUGGCUAUACGAUAUUUCAAUAACAUUCCAAUAAUUCUAUGAUUUUACGAUUAAUAUUCUUCUUUUAUAAGUCACAAUGCUUGUAAAUCGUGCAAUUUUACUUAAUUUAUUAUUCGUAUAUUUUGUUUUUGGUGGUCCUGAAGAAGAACAUGGAGUAAAAUAUGCCAAUAAAUGCGAAGUUUGCAAAGUUUUAGCUACUGAACUUGAAGCUAGAUUAGAUGAAACUGGGAAAACACAUGAUGUAUUAGAGAUUGGAUAUUCAGUAGAUGAUAUUGUGCCAAAAAAGAAAAAAGACUACAAGAAAUCAGAAUUACGAUUAGUAGAAUCUAUGGAAAAUGUUUGCGAACGUAUACUGGAAUAUAAUAUACACAAAGAACGUACAGAUAGUACAAGAUUUGCGAAGGGAAUGAGUCAAACAUUUACGACACUGCAUAAUCUUGUGGAUAAGGGAGUCAAAGUAGAAUUGGGUAUUCCCUAUGAAUUAUGGGACAAGCCUUCUGUUGAGAUAACAACUCUAAAAACACAGUGUGAAGAUUUACUGGAGAGUCAUGAAGCUGACAUCGAAGAUUGGUAUAAUAAUCAUCAGGGAAAAAUUCCUUUAAUUAGAUAUUUAUGUUCCGAGCGUGCAUUGAAAGAACAAAAUGAUUCUUGCUUGUAUGAGAAAGGAGACACUGGGAAAGGUCUCAAAAAACAGGGAAAAAAGAAAAAAAAGAAGUCAAAUGAUGAAGAAAUUACGAAUGAUAAGUAUCAAAAAGUGAAGCAGGAAUUAUAAAACUGCAAGAAUAAACUGCCUCAACAAAUACAUUCAUAUAGAAUAACUGUUAUUAAUAGACUAAAGAUAAUAUGAUUCUGUAUCAAAACAAAUGUGGUAUAUAUAAUGGUAUAUAUAACAGACUGCGAUAUUAUAUAUAUAAAAAUA